UAGAACAACCCACCUAUAAAAACUCGCGUAUGUUUGAUUUCACAACAGUAAAAAAGAUCGAUCAAUAACUUUGCGAUCGAAGUCAAAAAAGCAUCAAUGAUGAUGUUCAAGAACAUUCAGUUGCAGGGCUGCAUGCUGCUGAUUUGCAUAGCCAUGUGCAUAUGUGCCAUUAAUGCACGUCCCCAAUUUGGAGGCGGAUUUGGACCGGGAGGUGGCUUUGGAGGAGGAUUUGGCGGUCCAGGCGGCGGAUUUGGAGGACAAGGGUUUGGUGGAGGUUUCGGAGGACCAGGAGGUGGUUUUGGAGGACAAGGAUUUGGUGGAGGUUUCGGAGGACCAGGAGGUGGUUUUGGAGGACAAGGGUUUGGUGGAGGUUUCGGAGGACCAGGAGGUGGUUUUGGAGGACAAGGCUUUGGUGGAGGCUUCGGAGGACCUGGUGGUGGCUUUGGUGGGUUCGGAGGUCCGGGAGGAUUUGGACGAUAACAAAUUUAAGUAUUCUAAGUUUCAAAUGUUUCAACAACUGUGUAAUAAAUGUAAUAUGUUGUAAAGAUGACUAAGCAUAAUGUAAGCCAAUAUUGAAGGAAGAAGAUACUCGUAUAUCAGCGCAGCAGGCCCUAAAAUAUAUUGCAUUUUACCAA